AUGUCACAUUUAAUUACUUUAGCUACUUGUAAUUUGAACCAAUGGGCCCUGGAUUUUGAAGGUAAUAGAGAUCGUAUCUUAGAAUCUAUUAGAAUUGCCAAAGAAAGAGGUGCCAGGUUACGUGUUGGGCCAGAGCUAGAAAUAACUGGUUAUGGAUGUUUGGAUCAUUUUUUGGAGAAUGAUGUUUGUCUUCAUUCAUGGGAGAUGUAUGCCCAGAUCAUCAAGAAUAGAGAAACUCAUGGGUUAAUACUUGAUAUUGGCAUGCCAGUUUUACAUAAGAAUGUUCGGUAUAAUUGUCGCCUCCUAUCACUGGAUGGCGAGAUACUGUUUAUAAGGCCAAAGAUUUGGUUAGCAAAUGAUGGCAAUUAUAGAGAAAUGAGGUUUUUCACUCCUUGGAUGAAACCUGGCGUAGUGGAGGACUUUAUACUCCCACCUGAAAUUCAGAAAGUUACUGGUCAGAGGCUUGUGCCAUUCGGUGAUGCUGUGAUAAAUUCACUAGAUACAUGCAUCGGUACAGAAACUUGUGAAGAGCUAUUCACGCCUCAAUCGCCUCACAUCGCCAUGUCAUUAGAUGGCGUGGAAAUCAUCACAAACUCAUCUGGUUCUCACCACGAACUGCGUAAGUUGAAUAAAAGAUUAGACUUGAUCCUAAAUGCUACUAAACGUUGUGGUGGUGUUUACUUGUAUGCAAAUCAAAGAGGUUGUGAUGGUGACAGAUUAUAUUAUGAUGGCUGCGCCUUAAUUGCCAUUAAUGGUACAAUUGUAGCCCAAGGUUCACAGUUUUCUCUAGAUGACGUGGAAGUCGUUACUGCUACUGUAGACCUAGAAGAAGUGAGAAGUUAUCGCGCGGCUGUCAUGUCUCGCGGCUUACAGGCUUCUUUAGCAGAAAUAAAGUUCAAACGUAUUGAUAUUCCGGUAGAAUUGGCUUUAAUGACCUCCAGAUUUGAUCCUACAAUAUGUCCGACAAAGGUCCGGGAGCCUUUUUACCACUCUCCUGAGGAGGAAAUUGCUUUGGGCCCUGCUUGCUGGAUGUGGGAUUAUUUAAGGCGUUGUAACGGUACAGGGUUUUUCCUUCCCUUGUCUGGGGGUAUUGACUCUUGCGCAACAGCAAUGAUUGUUCACUCUAUGUGUCGUUUAGUAACAAACGCUGCUCAGAAUGGAAAUGACCAAGUCAUUAAAGACGUUCGUAGGAUAACACGUAGUGCCGACGAUUGGAUUCCAAGCACUCCGCAGGAGAUAGCCUCAAAAAUAUUCCAUUCAUGUUUCAUGGGUACUGAAAACUCUUCUAGGGAGACAAGAAGUAGGGCCAAAGACCUCUCUAGUGCUAUUGGAUCCUACCACGUCGAUUUAAAGAUGGACUCAUUAGUAUCCAGUGUGGUAUCCUUAUUUGAAGUUGCUACGGGUAAAAAACCAAUAUUUAAAAUAUUUGGUGGGUCCCAGACCGAGAACCUUGCUUUGCAAAAUAUUCAAGCGCGCCUAAGAAUGGUUCUUUCUUAUCUUUUUGCGCAACUAUUGCCGUGGGUUCGUAGCAUUCCAAAUUCUAGCGGUUUGCUUGUGUUGGGUAGUGCCAAUGUUGAUGAAUGCUUGCGUGGCUAUUUAACAAAGUAUGAUUGCUCUUCCGCUGACAUCAACCCUAUUGGAGGCAUAUCAAAGACUGACUUGAAAAGAUUCAUUGCAUAUGCAUCAAAAGAAUAUGACAUGCCAAUAUUGAAUGACUUUUUGAAUGCUACCCCUACUGCAGAACUGGAACCUAUGACGAAAGAUUAUAUUCAAUCAGAUGAGAAGGACAUGGGAAUGACCUAUGAGGAGUUGGGGGUAUUUGGUUACCUUAGAAAGGUUGAAAAAUGUGGUCCUUAUUCGAUGUUCCUGAAACUUCUUCAUCAGUGGUCUCCCAAGUUAACACCUCGUCAAAUAUCUGAAAAGGUUAAAAGGUUUUUUUUCUUCUACGCUGUCAACAGGCAUAAACAAACUGUGUUAACUCCUAGUUAUCAUGCUGAACAAUAUUCACCAGAGGACAAUAGAUUUGAUUUACGACCCUUUCUAAUCAAUCCAAGAUUUCCGUGGGCCUCAAAAAAAAUUGACGAAGUUGUUGAACAAUGCGAAUCACAUAAAGAUUCGCAACUUGACAUUAUGUCAAUUGAUUAG